GUCUAUUACCAUGGUCGGUCGACGUCAUAAUUCUCCAUAAAAGUUUUCCCCCAAAUCUACAUAAAGCUUCUCAAUCUACACCACUGAAGCUUUCAAAAGAAGGAAUCAAGCCAAAAUCAUGGCUGAACAUGCAGAUGAUUUAGACCAACUCCUAGAUAGCGCUUUGGAUGAUUUCCAGACCCUCAAUUUUGCUGCUGCUUCUUCUUCUUCUCAGAGAGAUGGUGGAGAGAACAAAGCCGAUGCUUCUUCAUUGCCAAGUGGGGUUCAAGGGUUAGGGUUGGGUCUUCCGAAUUUAAAAAGUAAGAACAAGGGAAAGCAAAAGGCGGCACCAAAGGAAUCACAUGCUUCGGAGACUCUUAAUAAAUUGAGAGAGCAGACUAGGGAGACUGUUAAGGGGAUGGAAUCUAUAGCAGGUUUAAAACAACCAAGUGGCAUUGAGGGUUUGGGAGAUGACAAAAUGAUGGAGGAUUUGGUCAAACAAUUUGAGGAACUCGCCAAGUCUCAGGACAUGGAGUCCAUAGUAGAGACAAUGAUGCAACAACUUUUAUCCAAAGAAGUUCUUCAUGAACCCAUGAAAGAAAUUGGAGAAAGAUACCCGAAAUGGUUAGAAGACAAUAAAUCUAAACUAAGCCAAGAAGACUACGACCGUUACUUUCAUCAGCAUGAGCUUAUAAAGGAUUUGAACAUAGUUUAUGACAACGAGCCUGGUAAUUUCAACAAGAUAGUUCAACUCAUGCAACAAAUGCAAGAAUGUGGUCAACCUCCAAACGAUAUCGUGCAAGAGCUUGCUCCCGAUUUCGAUAUAUCGGCUCUCGGUCAACUAUCCCCUGAAAUGUCUGAUUCUCAGAACUGUUGUAUAAUGUGAGAUUGAGAUGAUGUGCAGAGACUAUCCUCUUUUCCAUUUGCUGUAUUGUUCUUUUAUUAGAUUGUGAAAAAAAUAAAAGUUGUGACUUGUUGACCUUUUAU